AUGACUGGUGGAAAGAUUCACGAUGAGGACAUCUCAGCUUCAAGUCAGUGGUCUGAGUCGACGGCAGCGCGGUUUGGGAGAUUGGACUUGGACAACAGUGAUGGGGACGGUGCCUGGUGCCCUGACAUCAUGUCUGAACCAGAUGGUUUAAAACAAUACCUCCAGGUGGACCUCCGCUCACUCCACUUCAUCACUUUAGUGGGCACCCAAGGGCGACAUGCCGACGGAAUGGGUAACGAGUUUGCCCAAAGAUACCGCAUCAGCUACAGUCGCGAUGGAAGCAGCUGGGUGGGCUGGCAUGACAGAAAGGGAAGACAAGUCAUUGAGGGAAACAAGAAUGCAUAUGACGUGGUUCUGAAGGAUCUGGAACCUCCCAUUAUCGCCCGUUAUGUGCGCUUCAUGCCAGUGACCGACCACUCAAUGAUUGUGUGUAUGAGAGUGGAGCUCUACGGAUGUGAAUGGCUGGAUGGUCUCAUAUCAUACAGCCUCCCAGACGGACACCAGAUGAUUUACCGAGGGAUAGAUGUCUACUUGAAUGACUCUGUAUAUGACGGAGCAUCGGCAGAAAGGUUGACAAAGGGCCUCGGUCAGCUCACUGAUGGGACGUGGGGUUUGGACGAUUUCCUUCACAGCCACUUUUACGGCAUGUGGCCAGGCUACGACUAUGUGGGCUGGAACAACAAGAGCUUCCCCAAAGGCUACGUCGAAAUGAUCUUUGACUUUGACCACAUUCGAAACUUCACUUCCAUCAAGGUGCACUGCAAUAACAUGUUCACUCGAGGCGUGAGUGUGUUCAGGCAGGCGACCUGCUUCUUUCGCUCUGGGUCCGAGUGGGAGUCUCCGCCGGUGUCCUUCAGUCCCACGGUGGACCGGGCCAGUCAAAGGGCCCGCUUUGUCACGGUGCCUCUGGGGGACCGCACUGCCAGCACCAUCAAGUGCCGCUUCCACUUUGCAGACCUGUGGAUGCUGUUCAGUGAGGUGGCUUUCCAGUCUGGAUCUGCUGUGUACAAUACCUCCAGGUCAGCUCGCAAACAAGGACAUCCAACGAACAUACCCGUGGAUGAUCCCACACAUAAAGUGGAUGAUAGCAACACUCGAAUCCUGAUUGGAUGCUUGGUGGCAAUUAUUGCUAUCCUAAUGACAAUCAUUGUCAUUAUUUUUUGGCGUCAGGUGUGGCAGAAAAUGCUGGAAAAGGCCUCUCGACGAAUACUUGAUGAUGAGCUGACUGCUCGCCUGGCUUUCCAAACACAGAACUUCUCCUUCCACAAUUCGUCUCUGUCCAGCGAAGGCGGCUCCACCAUGAACUCCACAUAUGAGAGGAUCUUCCCCCUCUGUGCGGACUACCAGGAGCCUUCUCGAUUUGUCCGAAAACUCGCUGAAUUUGCAGAUUCCAUGGAAAGCCUUGACAAUGAGACGACAGGUCACAGAUCAUGCAAAAGGCUGGCAGGCGGUCCAGACCCUCCUCACUACGCAGAGGCAGACAUCAUCAGUCUGCAGGAGUCCUCAGACCAAUGCUCCAUCACUGUCAACAUGUUCGACUCAUCCAUGAAAGAGUUUCCUCGACACAAGCUCUCCUUCAAAGAGAAGCUCGGAGAAGGACAGUUUGGAGAAGUGCACUUAUGUGAAGCUGAGGACAUGCAGGACUUUCUCGAUGCAGACUUAUCAGAGGAAAACACUGAAUCCCCGUUACUUGUUGCUGUUAAAACACUACGAGAAGAUGCAAACAAAAAUGCAAGGAACGAUUUUUUGAAGGAAAUACGCAUCAUGUCAUGUCUCAGAGAUCCAAAUAUUGUGCGCCUGUUGGCCGUUUGUGUAGACACCGACCCCCUCUGCAUGAUCACAGAGUACAUGGAGAAUGGAGAUCUUAAUCAGUUUCUUCAUAAGCUGUCACUCCCUGAUGAGACAACGCCUGGAUAUGAGGCCGGGGGAGAGACCACAGUCAACUAUAGCAAGCUGAUGGACAUGGCAGUACAGAUCGCUUCUGGUAUGAAGUAUUUAUCUUCACUAAACUUUGUUCAUCGCGACUUGGCCACACGGAACUGUCUGGUUGGUAGGAACUGUACCAUAAAAAUAGCAGACUUUGGUAUGAGCCGUAACCUGUAUCGUGGAGAUUACUACAGGAUCCAAGGCAGAGCUGUGCUGCCUAUUCGCUGGAUGUCCUGGGAGAGCAUCCUUCUGGGAAAGUUCACCAUGGCCAGUGACGUGUGGGCUUUUGGAGUGACUCUAUGGGAAAUUUUGACGUUGUGCAAGUUGCAGCCCUAUGCACAUCUUUCUGAUGAGCAAGUCAUUGAAAACACAGGAGAGUUUUUCAGAGACAAAGGGAAACAGGUUUACCUUACAAAACCCAGUUGUUGUCCUGAUUCAGUCUACAAUGAGCUCAUGUUGAGCUGCUGGAGAAGAAAUGCCAAACAGAGGCCAAGCUUUGAAGAGAUACACCUGUGUCUGAUGGAGAGCCUGCAAAAGCUAUAG